AUGUUGGUCGAACAACAACAAGAGAUUCGUUUGGAUUCCUAUGUGACAGACGAUGCCAACACAUCGAAGAAGAGAAAGGCAGACGAUCUUGCAGAUUACUCGCUCGACAAGUUGGUGUCUGGUUACGUCAGUGAAAAUCAAAAGAAUUCCUCGGUUCUAAACGCAAGCAUUGCAAUCAACAACAAUCAACCAUCGAAAUCUGAUUCUAUUGAUGAUCUUUUCGAUCAAAUCGAAUAA